AUGCUGCCUACGGCUCAGCAAUGGAAAUGGUACGGAAUUGGAGCUAUAUCACUCCAGAUGUAUGGAAGCCGCACAAUCUGGCUUCUGCAAGCGCGAAUCAUUGGCCAAUUACAAGAUGAAGAUGCUUUAGCAUUCAAAAAGAUGGCAUGUGAUGAAUGUACUAUGAUUGCCGUAGCUGUGAGCUUCUUUUAUUAUUAUCGUCAAGUCUAGAUAUAUAUGACUGUACUGAUAAAAGAAAAGGCUGCAAUUGUUGCUCAAAUAGCUAUUACAGGCUUGUCGUUGGAAUCAUUGAAUCAGACUCAUUGGAUAGCAAAGUCUAGUUUUGUCAUGAGUUUAACUUUUGCCUUGGUUGCGGUGUACUAUUCUGUGGCGCAGCAAAGAAUCCUUGGUCGAUUGAUUAAAGCAAAGGAUGUUCGUGACUGGAUUCGAGGAAGAAAACAGGCAAUUAAUCGAAUUUUUUCCAUCGAAAUUGGACUCGAACUUGAUCCUUGCGAACCGGAUGAGUACAUCCCGAGAAGUUCGGAUGUUCGUGAUUUUAAGAAGGAUUUUGAAAGACAGUGUUUUAUCCCGAGUCCCCUAUCCGUCAUCACACUUUCGGCUCCUCAGAUGUUACUCUCCGGCUCGCUUUGUCUGCUUCUUAUCGCGCUAGGAAUUUAUCUGGGAAAAUUUUGGAUUCGUGAGCUGGAUUUGACAGAACCAUCUACAGAUGCUAGAAAUGUCUUUAUAUUAUACUUCGUUGGAUUGUACCUCUCUGGUGGAAUGUAUGUUGUAUUGGGAUGGUUUCGUGGCAAAGAAGAACGGUCAGAAUCUGAAAUCAUCGAUGGGUAUUUGCAUGAAUAUUUAGGGAACCAUCCUGAUGCACUGUCUCGGUGGAAUGUUAACAGUCAUUGGCGAUUUCGCAAUGGGAUUUUGAGACGUAUUAAUAGUACAGAUUCCGAGGAGAGAGUUGCCUCCGCGCCCACGGAGCCGCAAGGGCUCGGCAAUGUGUGA